UUAGGAAUUCAACUGAUCCUUAGUUCACACAGAAACUUAAACCCAGCAGUCCCUAACCAAAUUAGAUACGUGGUUCCAGCAACAUCGGAUGUUGAUUGGCCUUACAUUCUUGACGAAGUAUACUUGCCGCGGUUGCCCUUUUCACUUGAAGUAGUUUCAGGCUAAGCUACAAGGGCUAUAGCGAUUCGAUCACGUGUCAAACUCAAGAUUCCAUGGCGAUGACUCAACCAAUUGGUGGGCUUGGCAUUGAGUUGUUGAACCAAUCAAACUAUAAGGUUUGGAGGUCUUGUAUGGAGUCAUACCUUGUAGGAGAAGACUUGUGGGAUGUUGUCGACGGCAACAACAUCAUAAGUCCAGAACCAGAAGCUACUGCUGUCAAGAAAUGGAAGCGGCUGAAUGCAAAGGCUGAGUUUGCCUUGAAGAGGUCUAUUUCUCACAGCCUCUUCGAUCAUAUCAUCGGAUGCAAAUCUGCUCAUGAGAUAUGGCAGGUACUCGACAGACUGCUCAACAAGGGGAAUGAGGCUCCAGAAAAUCAGUUAGCAGAUCCCACUCUUACUCAAGCACGUGAGGAGGAUCCUCUUAGGCAUUAUCGACCUUUACACAAGGCAGCACUGAACGGAGACUGGGAGGCCGCUGAUAGUAUCUUCAAGAGUGAUCCUGAAGCGUUGACGGCGAAAAUUACAUCAAUGGGUGAGACUGCCCUGCACGUUGCCGCUGAUGUUGGACGCACAGAGUUCAUAGAGAAGCUAGUGGCACUCAUGACCCCAGAAGCCCUGGAAAUACAAGAGCAUGAACGAAGCCAGACCGCCCUCCAUUAUGCUGUUGCCCGCGGAAGCUUGCAUAUUGUCAAGACUUUGGUGGCAAAAAAUGGCAGAUUGAUGGAAAUGGCGGAUCGAUGGGAAUAUACACCACUUCAUCUUGCGGCCUAUUAUUUUGAAAGCAAAGAGAUCGUGUGGUACCUCGUCUUGAAGAUGCCUGACGUGCCACUUCCUUAUACAGCUAGCCCCUUCUUUGCUGGCUCUGCAGCCAGUCAACUAAUUGACAAGCUCGUGGCUUCACGUUCUUAUGACAUUUGCCUUCACUUGUUGGAUCAGUAUCCCUUCUUAGCUACUGUAACAACUGUGAAUGAGGCUGGAAUGCUAAGUGGUUUGGCACAUCGACCAUCUGAAUUCCCGAGUGGAAGUAAGCUUGGAUUUUGUGGACGCUGCAUAUAUCGAAUUAUUCCCGUGGAAUCUCACCAUAAACCACGAAAUUCAUCACCAAAGAGUGACUUGGAAGACCAACGAGCAGAAGAGCCACCAACAUUACUGCAAUCUGCGACAUCUUAUUUGAACCAAGUGAUGCAAUGGAUCAAUGGAGCUUCUUGGACAGCUAUUGAACAUCUAGUUCCAGGGAUCAAGCAUAUAAAGGAUCAGAAAUUCAAGCACAAAUGCAUUCAAAAGAUGGUGGAAAUUGCUUGUCAACAAAUGUCAUGCUGGAACGAAAAAGAUGUCUUGAGCUACUUCGCAAAAGUGGGCUUUUUUUAUAUUGCAGCACAAAAUGGAGGAGUUGAACUCAUAACCACAUGUCUUCAGUAUUUUCCUUAUCUAAUGCGUAAUAAUACAAUCAGACUCCAGGCGGCGGUUUUGCACCGACAAGAAAAGGUCUUCAACCUUUUUCUUGGAGGGGCCGUGACUACAAAAUAUUUGGCAGCAACUUUUGAUGCACAAACACAAGAAAACAUCUUGCACAAAGUCGCAAGAUUGGCUCCCUAUCCCCGACUUUCAUCGGUUUCAUGCCCCGCAUUACAGAUGCAAAGAGAGUUGCAGUGGUUCAAGGCAGUGGAGAAGCUUCUUAAUCCUACACAGAGAACGAUCAAAAAUAAGAAAUGGGAAACAGCUCGGGAGAUUUUCACAACCGAGCACAGAGAUUUGCUAAGGGAUGCUGAGAGAUGGAUGAAGGAUACAUCUAACUCGUGCAUGGUGGUAUCGACCCUUAUAGCUACUGUAGUUUUCGCUGCCGCUUUCACUGUUCCUGGAGGGAAUGUUGAAGACCAAGGAAUUCCAUUAUUUCUAAAGGAAAAGGUCUUCAUCCUGUUUGUUGUUUCAGAUGCACUGGGAUUGUUCUCCUCCACCACAUCCGUCUUGAUGUUCCUGUCUAUCCUGACAGCGCGUUAUGCGGAAGAAGAUUUCCUCCGUCCACUCCCCAAGAGGUUAAUACUCGGAUUUGCUUCUCUUUUCCUUGCCAUCGCAUGUAUGAUGGUGGCAUUUGGGGCGACGCUCUACAUGGUCUUGAGUGAGAGGUUCAAGUGGAUUUUCAUCCCGAUCAUAGCAAUCACUUCCAUUCCUGUUAUCCUAUUUGUGAUGCUGCAGCUUCCUUUGUUCAUCUACAUGGUACAAUCCACAUAUGGUUCCGGAAUCUUUCACCCUAAGAGGAUUUGGUAGUUCACACAUUUCUGGUUAGAUUUGUCAAAAAUGUAAUCUAGAAGCGUUUCCUGAAUUUUGUUUGUUUCUGUAUUACUUUUAUUGUUACUAUUUUCGACCACCGAGUAAGCCUCAUCUAUCAAAAUGAUUGUUGUAAUCACGACUUGUAUUUAUCUGGUGCCAUCAGAUAACUAAGAACUGAUUUAAACCA